AUGACUUCUUCCAAGUUCACAUCUAACAGACCGAUACCCGCGAUCACUCUCCAAUUGGCUACCGACGAUCAGAGCGCACAGUACAGUCAACCGCUACCUCAUGGCGAUUUUGAGGAGCUCAAAGAAGCGGCAAACGAAGACAGGGACCUCAAGAUACGUAUCCGCAAAUUACGCCUUAUAUCGCGCACCCUAGCCCUCUUCAUCUCUAUCGCAGUUCUCGUACUCACGGCUCUUACCCUGCACAAGUUUCUCAGCACACGCAGUAUCCACCGCGUCGUCCGACUACCCAGUGGCGAGAAUAUAUUACGCACGCCCUGGGCGAAGAAUACACGGGCAUGGCCAACGUACAUGUACUUUGGCGUCGCGGCCGUCUCUGUACUACUCAACUUCGCAACGAUCUUUUCGUACAAGUGUGGUAUCGAACAGGCCAAUGUAGCCGCUGUUGUCACGACCGCUACUGUGUAUCGCACCGAGAAGGACAAAAAUGGGAAGAGCGACGAUCUUUGGGGCUGGACGUGUAGUUCUGAGUGCGAGUUGUACGCACGAUUGUUACCAACCUGGCUAUGCGCCACCAUCUUUCUACUCACCCCUCUCGCUUCUUCCCAGGAGACGCAAGACGAGUGUGAUCGAGAAUGCUUGCUCCUCAGGGUCGAGACGCUUGAAAAAGAGUAUGCGAAGAUAGAGCAAGCUCUGUUUGACGGUGGCGACUCUUAUUCUUCGUAUGCAGCUCAGUCGUACUCUCCAACAUCUGCUGCAUACAGCGCAACCCCAAGCUCAUCAAGCAAAUACUACACCACCUUUGGCACAUCCGGCCUGCCUCAAAGUUCAGCUUACAGCUUCUUUGGUUCCUCAUCACCCAUCCUGACAUCUGCCGUCUCCACCGCAACGCCAGGCUCAUCAACCAAACACUACACCACUUUCGGCACAUCCGGUCUGCCUCAGAGUUCAGCCUACAGCUUCGUUAGUUCCUCACCACCCAUCCUGACAUCUGCCGUCUCCACCGCAACGCCGAGCUCAUCAAGCGAAUACUAUGCUAGCUUGAGCACAUCCGGCUUUUAUCAAAGCUCAGCAUCCACCUGGGUUGUGUCCUCCUCAUCCAUGGUCAUCAGCUAUGUGACCACGCAACCUUCAGUCUCAGCUACGCCUUCAUACGCAACGACUCCACCCCAAAGUUCAGCCUCUACCUUUGUCGUUCCAUCCUCAUCUCUAGUCACCAGCUAUAUGACCACGGAGCCCUCAGUGUCAGCCUCUACUUUUACUGUUUCCUCUUCAUCCAUAGUUAUAAGCUAUGCGACCACGCAGCCCUCGCUAUCAGCCACGCCAUCAUACGCCGUUCCCCCACCAGAGCCCACAGCAAGCGACACACCACCCGAACCCACCAACCCCAACAUCCCCACCCACCCCGGCUACCGCUCAGUAGCCUACUACGGGAACUGGGACAUCUACGCACGCAACUUCCAGCCCCAGCAGAUACCCGCAGAGCGAAUCACCCACCUCCUCUACUCCUUCGCCGACAACAAGCCCGACGGCACCGUCUUCCUCACCGACACAUACGCCGACGCGGAAAAGCACUACCCGACUGAUUCAUGGAACGACGUGGGCAACAAUCUUUACGGAUCGAUGAAGCAGCUUCAGAUCCUCAAGGCCAAGAACAGGAACUUGAAGGUGUUGCUCAGUGUAGGUGGUUGGACGUAUACAAACGUUGCCAAGCACAUGGAUGGACCCAUGGCUACGGCUGCGGGUAGGCAACGCUUUGCGUCUUCGUGUGUGGAGUUGAUUCGCGACUACGGCUUCGAUGGCAUUGAUGUGGAUUGGGAGUAUCCCACCAACAAGGAGCAAGGCGGGCAGUUGCUCGCACUGUUGAAGGAGAUCAGAAGUCAGAUGGAUGAGUAUGCCGAUACGCUUGUGUACGAAGAUGAGUCUGGACGCAAGCUGAAGCCCAAGUUCCUCUUGACUAUUGCUUCGCCGGCAGGAGAGAAGAACUACAAGCAUCUGCCAUUGAAAGAGAUCAGUGCGGUUACAGACUUUAUCAAUCUGAUGGCAUACGACUACGCCGGCUCCUGGGAUAACCAGACUGGCCAUCAAUCGAACCUUUACCCUUCGACCUCGACUCCCCUGAGCACGCCCUUCAAUACAGCUUCCGUUCUGGCCGCCUACAGCGCCGCGGGCGUUCCUUCCUCCAAGCUCAAUCUUGGCAUGCCGCUCUACGGUCGCUCCUUCACCAACACUCAGGGUCUAGGAACGUCGUUUAGUGGCAUCGGCACCGGAUCGUUUGAGCGAGGCGUCUACGACUUCAAGGACUUGCCCCUUGCAGGUGCACAGGAGUACUACGAUGAAGAGGCUGGCGCAACGUACAGCUACGACGAAGCGAGUGGCGAGUUCGUCAGCUAUGAUACUGUGGCCAUGGCGCUCAAGAAGGUCGACUACAUUGCAGAACAAGGAUUGGGUGGCGCAAUGUGGUGGGAGAUCAGCGGUGACAGGACAGAUGACAGCGGGAGCAUCGUGACAAACGUUGUCGAGAAGAUGGGCGGCGGGAGUGGUGCAGGCAUCGAGUCAUCGCCCAAUUGGCUACUGUAUCCCGACUCCAAGUUCGACAACAUGAGGAAUGGCGUGUCGACGACACCAUAG